CUGAAUUGGGUCCACUCCGCUGGCUUUUGACAACAAAAGCUAUUCGCUGAGCCACCGGGUCUUUUGCUUGAUUUUUCUCUCUCUAAUUUCAUCGACUGCAUAAUAUAUUCGCCAUGCCUCCCAAAUUAAGCAAAAAACAAAAGAAGGCCCAAGAUUUCCGAAAAAAGCAAAAGGACAAGGCAUUGUCUGAGGAGAAUGCAGUACCUGAAGUCGACGUUGUUGCCGAUCAGCCUGAAUCGACACGGAUCGAUGAGAAGAAAAAGCGAAAAGCCGAGGACAUGGAAGACAAGGAACAAAGUAAAGAUCAAGAAGAAGAACAACCCAAGAAGAAAUCACGGAAUAGACGACCCAAGAAAAACAACAAUAACGGAGAGAAAAAGAAUCGGUUUAUUCUGUUUGUUGGCAAUUUGAAGUUCGACACAAAGGCCGAAGAUUUGGCCAAGCAUUUUGAAUCCGUAGGCGAACUCCCAACCGUUCGCUUAAUGACAGACAAGCAAACCAAAAAACCAAAAGGAUUUGCAUUUAUCGAGUUUCAAGAUUCCCAUCAUCUAUCCAAAGCACUUGCAUUCCAUCAUACCUUUUUCAACAAGAGACAGAUUAAUGUCGAACUCACAGCUGGUGGCGGUGGACGCAGUGACGCACGAAAAGAAAAGCUCAAGGAGAAGAACGAAAAACUGCAACUGGAAAGAGUAAGUCAAUAGGUCUCCUCAUGUGAAAACUGAACCACCGUGAUCUUUUUAGCUCGCUUUUGCUAACCGAACGUUUGACUAUGCAGCAAAAAUGGCACAAGGAGAAAGUGGACGGUGAAGAUCCAGCAUCAUCAUAUCAAAAACAAACUCAAGAACAAGAAUAAAAUAGCAUCCUGCAUUCAUUUGUAUUUUGUAUUUAAAAUAUAUACUUUACAUGUUACGGCA